AUGUUGAGAAAGUGUCCUAGUCAUGGCUUUGAUGAACUCACUCAGAUUCCUAUUUUUCGUAACGGUUUACAACCACAACCCAAGCUUUUUUUAGAUGCCACUGGUGGAGGUUCUUUGAUGGCGAAGACAACAGAGGAGGAAAUUAUGAUUAUUGAGAAGAUGGCACGGAAUGAUCACCAAGUUCAACAUAACCGAGGAGUUGUUCAAAAGAAACCGGGACUUAUUGAAUUGGGGACCAAUGAUGCGAUUCUUGCUCAAAAUAAGUUACUUUCUCAACAAGUGGAGGAACUCACCAAGCAAAUGGCAAGCCUUCCUCAACAAUUGAAAGAAAUGCAAGAUCCUAACAAGAAAAAACAAGUUGCUUUGUGUGAGCUUUGUAGUGGAGACCAUCCUACCGGAUAUUGUCUACUGGACAUCCUCACAAAGAAGAGAAGUUACACCGAGCCUGAAACGGUUAUUCUUGAUGCUAAGUGUAGUGCAAUUAUUCAAUGUACUUUACCGGGGAAGGAGAGAGAUCCUGGAAGAGUCACUUUUCCGGUUACUAUUGGUGAUAUUCAUGUUGGAAGAGGUUUGGUUGAUUUGGGUUCAAGUAUCAAUUUGAUUCCAUUGUCCAUGGUUAAGAGGUUAGGCAUUAUUGAUAUGAAGGAUACAAGAAUGACAUUACAAUUAGCGGAUAAGUAUACAACUCGCCCUUAUGGGAUAGCAGAGGACUUGCUUGUGAAAGUUGACAAGUUCUUGUUUCUGGUUGAUUUUGUUGUUAUUGACAUGAAGGAAGAUGUUGAUACACCAUUGAUACUAGGAAGACCUUUUAUGAAGACGCAUCCGAAUGAAAAAGGAGAUUGCUUCAGAAUUGAUGUUACCGAAGAAGCUAUCAUGAAUGUUGAAAGGCAAGUUCACUUGUUUACACCUCUUGAGAAGACUUUGACCAACGCUCGUGAAGUUCUUAAUGAAGAUGAAGAAAAAGAGAUUGAAGAGUGUUUACGAGAACUUGAAGCAUCGGAAGAAAUAAAUCCUUUUGAAGGGAAGAUUGAAGAGUUGAAGGAUGAGACAAAGAUUGAUAAUGCAAAGUUAGAGUUGAAAAUGUUACUGUAA